AGACUAUCCCUCCACUAAUAUUUACCCAGCAUGCGUUACAAUUGUGCUGGCCAAAGUCCAUUUCUUCUGUGAACAGUGAGGGGCAGAGAUGUCUCCGCUGGCUCGGAAUGUCUUGGUGACUGGAUCCAAUCGGGGUAUUGGGCUGGAGCUGGUCAGGCAGCUAGUGGAGGGUCCAGACCCCCCAGAACACAUCUUUGCAACCUACCGAGACCUGGAUGGAUCAAGAGGAAAGGCCCUGCAGGAACUGGCUGCCAAGUACCCCCCCGUGAGGCUGAUUCAGCUAGAUGCGGUGAGCUUGGCCAGCGUGAGAGCAGCUGUGAAGGAGGUGGAGUCCCAGCUGAACGGCAGGGGCCUGAACCUGCUCAUUAACAAUGCAGCAAUCAACUCCUAUGCCACGCUGCAGUCAGUGCAGCCAGAGGAGAUGAUCUCUGUGUUCACUACCAAUGUGGUUGGGCCGAUCCAGGUGGCCAAGGAGUUUCUGCCCCUCCUGAAGAGGGCAGCUGAGGAAGCCGGAAAGGAGGAGCUGAGCUGCAGCAAGGCAGCAAUUAUCAACAUGUCCACUAAAGUGGGCUCCAUCGAGCUGUGCUUCAACGUCCUGGAGAUCCCCAUGUACCCAUACCGUGCCAGCAAGGCUGCUCUGAACAUGGUGACGAGGUGCCUGGCAGCAGAGCUCAAAGACGCUGGGAUCUUGUGCACUGCCAUCCAUCCCGGCUGGGUGAAAACCGACAUGGGGACAGAGAAGGCCCCUCUGACCGUGGAGUGCAGCGUGAAGGGCAUCCUGAGCGUGCUGGCAGGCCUUUCGCAGGCAACCACCGGGGUGUUCCUGGACUGGGAAGGGAAGAGCCUGCCCUGGUGAGGGGGCUCCUGGCCAGCAAGCUCCAGCAGGCCCAGUCCCCUGAACAGCUUCCCCGCCGUGUGCCACCUCCCGAGCUAAUGGUCUGUCUUCCCUAGCCGUGGGUAACCCCCGGCCCCAGCAUCCCCUGCUCCGCUCUGGUCACGCUCAACCUCUUGGCAAAGCUCUCUCUCCUCCCACCCCAUGACGCGCCACACGUCCUUAUGAAAUUUCUCCUUCUUCCCUGCCUCCGCUGUAGCCACCAUUCUCCCCCCACCUGCUUGGUACCCAUUUCCUCUUGGAUUAAUUACCCUCAUUAACUGUUUGUAUCAGUGUAGUGCCCCCGAGCCCCAGUCCUGGCCCAGGGCCCAGCUCUGCUGGGUGCUGCGCAGUCACCGAACAGAGAGACGCCCCAAAGAGCUUCCAGUCUCUCUGUGAGACAGGAGACAAUGGGUGGGGGGUACAGACAGACCAAUGGGGGGCGUACUAGAAACAAUGACUCGCUAUUGGCCUGCAUGACAGGCCGGGCUCUCAGCUCACCAGCAGCCUGGCCCUUGUCAAGUGCCUGGCGGC